CUUCCUUUUUUGAUGUUGGAUCAACUUUUAUGUUAGUGUUUAUGGUUUAUAUGAACUUCAUUUUGCAGUUAUUGUUAUUAUUACUGUGAUUUUUGUGCAUGGGUUUGAUUUUCUCAGUGAUUGCUAAUUUGGGUUUUUCUCCACUAAUUUUUUUUACCGUAUGAAACCCUUAAUUUGUACAUAGAUGAACUUUUCUGAUUUGUUGGUUUAUACUCUGUCUAUAGUCUGUGCAUUAACAUGAAUCGAAUUGUAUGGAUCAAUUGAUAACAAUAAUUGUAUUGUUUUUCUUUUUGGCAUUCUGUUCAUAUAGGUUUGAAGUUAACAUAAAUAAACUAGUACAUGUCUAGGAAUGUCUGUAUGUUUGUUUGCUAGUUCCCUCAUUCUGCAUGAAAUCGGAAUGGACACCUUGUUUGGGCAAUUCAAUAAAUCAUGAGCUGGGAUUAUAUUCAAGUGCUUCUCUGUUACUGUAUUGGAAGCAAUUGAUCGCCUAACACAGAAACAUUUAAUUAAUUGUUCCUAUGAAACAUUUGCUCUUGGAUAAAGGAAUAUAUAAUCUAACAAGGAAAGUUAACAAAAGGACCACUUCCAGAUCUAGAAGAGAACAAAUUUGGUAAAGUGGUGCAAGGAUAACUGAACUAAAGCAUGGGAUUUCAGAUUUUGAACUUUUUAAAGCCCUCCAUGAAAGUGCUGGUGGUGAUAUUAAUACUGAUAUUUCUGACAAACAUCAACCAUUCUGUAGCAUACUCUUUUCCUUCAUCCGAGACUACGAUGCACACUAAUAAUUGGGCGGUUUUAGUCUGCACCUCUCGGUUUUGGUUUAAUUAUCGACAUAUGGCCAAUACUUUAUCAUUGUAUAGGACAGUUAAGCGACUAGGAAUACCUGAUGAGAGGAUUAUACUCAUGCUAGCAGAUGACAUGGCAUGCAAUGCAAGAAACAAAUACCCUGCCCAAGUUUUUAAUAAUGAAAACCAUAAACUUAACCUGUACGGGGAUAAUGUCGAGGUAGAUUAUCGUGGCUAUGAAGUAAAUGUGGAAAACUUUAUGCGGGUACUAACAGGCCGUCAUGAGGUUGCUGUUCCGAGGUCCAAACGACUACUUAGUGAUGAAGGAAGUCAUAUUCUUUUAUACAUGACAGGGCAUGGAGGUGAUGAGUUUUUGAAGUUUCAGGACUCAGAAGAGCUUCAAAGUCACGAUUUAGCUGAUGUUGUGAAGCAAAUGAAAGAGAAACACAGGUUUAAGGAGCUACUGGUAAUGGUGGACACCUGCCAAGCCUCUACUCUGUUCUCACAGUUUCAUUCACCUGACGUUUUGGCAAUUGGAAGUAGCAUGAAAGGACAGAACUCAUAUUCACAUCACUUGGACUCAGAUGUGGGUGUUUCAGUUGUUGAUCGCUUUACCUUCUACACUCUUGCCUUCUUUGAGAGGCUGAAUAUAUAUGACAAUGCUUCAUUGAGCAGUCUUUUCAACUCAUAUAACCCAAAUUUGUUGAUGUCAACUGCAUAUUACCGAAUGGACCUGUAUCAACGGCAGUUAGAGAAGGUACACGUGACAAACUUUUUUGGCUCUGUGAUGAAAAUAAUACGCACCGACUCAGCCUACAGGUCUCCGUCGAAUAAAAAAUUUAGCAAAGCGAAAAUUAAAAUGUCUUUGGACGAAUCAACCUCAGACAAUGGCAGAAGAAUUUUGAGAAAUUCUGAUGAUGAGGACCAAUUUAAUAAAUUAAGUACAAAGGAACAUUUCCUUGGUGUUGGACAACUGUGGAAUACUAUUCUCAACAAAUUGAAUACUUUUGAAAGCAUUGAUGCUUUUGUUUGCUAUGGCCUUGUUUCAAUGCUUCCUCUGUUGAUAGUUUCUACGUGGCUAUCAUCAUAGAUGACUACAGCAAUACUCUUUGACAGCCACAUGUUAUGGCUGCUUGCAAUGCAAGACAGUGGCUUAUAGAACUUCAUUCUGUUAGCCCUUGCUUUUUCCAUGGUGGUGGAGUCGUGUUCUGCAGUUAUGGUAACAUAGAUUCUUGACGGGUCAUUGAAUGGCAGAGAGGCAAUUCUUAAAAAUGUUCUAAUUCUUGAAGUCUUUCAAAGACCAAUUAAAUAUCUUAAGAGACAAUCAUUCUUUAAUUUGUCUUCACAAGUUUUAGUACAAUAGGUUCAAAUAUCUAUUGUUGUCCAAAUGAGUUUAGAAAGUAGGUUUAGAUAGCUUAAAGUGUGGUUGUACAAAUAGAAAGACGUGUGAUCUUCCAUGUGCUUAUCUAAUUUCAAAGAAGGUGAAAUUUAAAAGCCCAAUACGAAUGGGUGAGGUUUACACUCACUGAAAAAGGACCCACUUUGAUGAUGAUGGUGUGAUGAAAGAUAGUAACAUAUUGACAACUCAACGAUGCAAUUUUUAUCAUAUUUUGAACAUAUUCACACACUUUUUCCAAAUUCUCCUAUUUCAAAAGCUCAUAAAGUGUUUUCAAAGGUACUCGCAUUAGCAAACCAUCUCUUACACCACGUUUACAAAAAACUAAAUAUAUCUAAGAGAUUAUGAUUUUUAUGCACAAAUACAUUGAACGAAUUGUAAAGGUUGAGGGUGACG